ACACUUGCUCACCACCACCAAAAAAGUCCACAGCACCAGCGCUGCUUUCCUAGUGCUUUCCUAGUCCUCGUAUUCACGUUGGUCCUUCAUCUCGAUCUGAUGACUAACGUCAAUUUACUAAUGCAGUCACGUGAAGUGCUGCGACAGCCCUAAGCCGGUCCUCUGUACCGGCCGAUACCAUGUGGGGCAAUCCCGAGCUUCGUUUCCCCGCAUUGCUACACACAGCGGCUUGGAGAAGCAGUCCCACCCCCAGAAGGGGAACCAGUAGCCCCACCCCGUCAUGGCACAUUUGAACGAUGCUGUCCUCGGACUGAAUGAGUUGACGUUGACCAAGCACAAACCUUGCAAUACUCACCCAAGUAGUACAGGACCCGAACCAUGCCCAAUUUGAAACAUGUUGUUAUUGCCGGCGCUGGCCCCUCUGGCCUUUUGCUAGGCAUCCUGCUUGCACGUAACUUGGGCAUCAAAAUCACUAUCCUCGAUGCUGACACCAAGAUCAAUGGCAACCCCCGCGCUGCUCAUUAUGCGCCCUCGGCCGUCUAUGAUUUUCACCGCGCUGGCAUCAUCGAGGAUGUGCGCAAGGAAGGCAUGUCGCCCAAGGGCGUCUGCUGGCGGUUGCAAGAUACCACCUUCCUAGCGGGCAUGGGUCGGGAGCCAGAACAGACCGAGUAUUCCAUGGUAGUGCUACCUCUGGAUCGCCUGGGACCAUUGCUUGUAAGGCACUUGGAGAGCUACCCCAAUACCGAGAUACUGUGGGGUCACAAGCUCGUGGGUGUAGACCAAGAUGCAAGUGGAGCGACAGCCAUUGUUGAAACAUCAAGUGGGGAGUCAAAGAGGAUCACGGGCGAUUACCUAGUCGGCGCAGAUGGCGCGUCAAGUGGUGUACGAACCGCCUUGUUUGGGAAAGAGUACCCAGGCGAGACGUUGACCAAGCAAAUCGUGGCUACAAAUGUCUACCUCCCCUUCGACGAACGACAUGGCUACUGGGACUCCAACUUCAUCGUCCACCCCACUGACUGGUACAUGGCUGCAAAAAUCACAAACGAUGGCCUAUGGCGAGUCACGUAUGGCGACGAUGAUAACCUCUCCCGCGAAGAACUUAUCAAGCGACAGCCCCUUCGCUACGAGCAGAUUCUUCCCGGGAACCCAAAGCCAGAUGAGUACAAGCUGGUCAGCAUGAGCCCGUACAAGCUCCAGCAACGCUGCGCACCAAGCUUCAGAGUCGGGAAGAUUAUACUAGUAGCUGAUGCUGCCCAUCUCUGCAACCCAUUCGGCGGCAUGGGACUUACAGGCGGUUUCGCCGACGUCGGUUCCCUCUACGAUUGCUUCCUCGGCAUCCACCAAGACGAGCUCGACGAAGACAUCCUCGACAAGUACAGCGAGGAGCGCAUCAAAAUCUGGCGCGACAUGAUCGAUCCCAUGUCCAGAGAAAACUUUCACCGCCUCUGGGAUCCUGCGCACGAAGAGAAGCGCAAGGAAUUCUUCAAGAUGUGUGACAAGGCCAACGACGAUCCCGUUUGGGGCAAGUCGGUGGCAGAGUCGAUACAUGCGGUGCGCCAUGAUUUUACCCAGUACUUUAAGAGUAAGCAAAAUGGGGCCAAGACGAAUGGCAGCGCGACGAAUGGUACUGCGGUAGCAGCGUAGGUGUCGUGUGUGCAAUGUAUAUUUUUAGAUUAGACAAUGCGCGAAGAGUUCUAGUGUACACUCUCAUCCAAUUCUUUAAUUCGCUU